AUGAAGACUUCCGCCAUCACCGCCGUCAUCGCCUGGGGCGCUCUCGCCCUUGCCGCCCCUGCUCCCACUCCUCCUGGCAUCCCGACCGAGUCGACCGCCCGCACCGAGCUCGCCGCGCUCAAGGUGGCUGCCUCUGGCAGCGGUACUGGUUACAGCCGUGAUCUCUUCCCUCAUUGGCAUACCGUCUCGGGCAGCUGUAACACCAGGGAGUACGUCCUCAAGCGGGAUGGCACAGGCGUCGUGACCGACUCUGCUUGCGCGGCCACCUCUGGAACUUGGAAGAGUCCCUAUGACGGUGCGACCUGGACGGCGGCCUCUGACGUAGACAUUGACCACAUGGUCCCUCUCAAGAACGCCUGGAUCUCCGGCGCCUCCUCUUGGACCACCGCCAAGCGCGAGCAAUUCGCCAACGACAUCGACCGACCCCAGCUCUGGGCCGUCACCGACGACGUCAACCAGAGCAAGAGCGACAAGAGCCCCGAUUCCUGGAAGCCCCCUCUCACCAGCUUCUACUGCACCUAUGCCAAGAGCUGGAUCCGAGUCAAGAGCUACUGGGCCCUGAGUGUUACCUCGGCGGAGAAGUCGGCGUUGUCUUCCAUGCUGGAUUACUGCUAG